AUGCUCAAGAAUAGGGUGGAGGUAGAUCGAAGAAGGCUUGACUUCAGUGAGGAAUCAAGUGCUGGUGAGUAUAAUGGCAAGUACCUGGGGUUCCAUGAGCAGGCCGGGGAGACUGGCACGUACAGAAAGGUAAUAUAUAGUCAGGAAGGAAAGCUCGUUCCGCCCCAAUACCACACCUGGGACAGAAACCCACAUCACAAAGACACGAGCCCUAGCGAUAAGAAGUAUCAUUCUGAAUAUCGUGAGGGGGAAAGCGAUAGCAGGCUGGACACGCCGAUAUCUAUCGAAGCCAAGUGGUCGCACUACAGCUCGGAAUAUUUUGAGGCAUCGGACUCCGAGGAGUUUGACGAGAAGCUAGCAUCUCUGAGACUCCUCAUUCUCGAGGCUGAGGAGGAGAUGAGGAGGAUUGUCCAGGGAAGGGUGGACAAGCACCUUGAAAUGAACAAGGAAGCUAAUGAAAAGAAAAAGGAAAUGAAGAGAAGGAAAAGAGAGGUGUUGGGGGAGGUCAACAAAGUGAGGGGAGAGGCAGGAGACAGGGACGACAGAUCAUGCGAGAGACCUGAAGAGGAGUCUGAUGCAAAGGGGACGAGGAUAGAGAGCUUUGCGGAUUUCGAGACGUCUAUGUUUCCCUAUAAGUCUAAGAAUGGAGCAAAGUCCUAUGCCUGCCCGUACGAAGGAUGCACAAUGGAGCUUCCUACGCUGAGCAGAAUCAAACGGCAUUACAUAGUCCACACGAAACUAAGGCCAUUCAAGUGCUUGAACAAGGACUGUAACAAGAGGUUUUCCCGGAAAGAUAACAUGCUACAGCACUAUAAGAUUCAUUGCAACUACAGUAAUUACCGGUGA